AUGAAGAUCUGGACCACGCUCGGGAUCUCGAGCUCACUCAGGCUUCGGCCCGUCGAGUGUUGCGGACUACUAUCACCUCGUCCGCUGGUCACCCUGCCGAGAAGGUCUCUCCUCUCGACCAGGACCCCAGGAAGUCGGCAGCUGCAAAGACCACCGACGCAACAUGCACGCAUUAGCUCGCCUUUCGUCGUGAGACGGGCAUCAUCUACCCAGAGAAUCUCGUCAGAUAGCGAGCUGGUGGAGGACGGCGGGCUGGAUGCGCCAGAUUCUAGCCUCAACGCGAAGAACGGGCGAAUUACCUGCAUCUACUUCGACAAGGCCGGCCGCUUCAACGCCGCGCACAAGCAGCUCACCAAGGCCGAGAUUGCAGAGCAGUUCGACCUCCGCCACCGCGACCUGCGGGACAUCGACCUCAAAUCCGAGGCGGUCACGCGCAUCUUGGUGCGGCCCACCACCAUCCUCCUGCAAUUCUUCCAGCUGUGUAUGAUCAUCCAGGCGGACGAGGCGCUCCUGAUCUACAGUCAACCGCACACCAGCAGUGACGGUGACGGUGACAGCGACAGCGUUGCCAACGAGAACAACAACGACAGUGCUCCAAAGAAAGACGAGGGCGAGUUCUAUCACGAACUGGAGCGGCGCAUGUCAGGCCCCACGAUCGAAACAGCCGACGUGCCCGAACUGCCGUACGAGCUGCGUGCCGUGGAAGCCGCGUUGGUGGCGGUGCUGUCCGGGCUGCGUCGCGACCUGAUCGACGCCCGGCGCCAGGCGGAAGAGUCGGCCGCCAGCCUGCGUCUCGACUCGGGCCUGGCGGCGGUGGGGCUGAACCAGGUGUUCGACCGGACGCGGCGGCUGGCCAAGAUCGAACAGAAGGCGCGGCUGGUGCGCGACACGAUCCGCGAGGUGCUGGACACGGACGAGGACCUGGCGGGCAUGUACCUGACGGACCGGGAGGCGGGGACGCCGCACGCGACCGCCGACCACCAGGAGGCCGAGUACAUGCUGGAGGCAUACCACAAGGCGGCGGACACGCUGGUGGAGUCGGCGCAGGCGGCGGUCGACGUGCUGCGCAAGAAGGAGAACACCUUCCGCUCGUCGCUGGCCGUCCAGCGCAACCAGAUCAUGUUCCUCGAGGCCCGCAUCGCCAUCCACACCCUGGGCCUGGCCGCGGGGACCAUGGCCGCGGGCCUGUUCGGCAUGAACCUCCUCAAUUACCUCGAAGAGGCGCCUUACGGCUUCUUCUACAUCACCGCCGCCUGUGUCGUGUUGAGUGCCAUCUUUUCCAUGCAGGGCAUGCGCAGUUUGCGGAGGAUCCAGACCCUCAAGGGUAUCCAGCGCUCGAGGGUCGGAGGGCGGCGGCCGCAGCAGCAAUUCUAG